CUGAAACAUGGCGGCCUCGGCGGCGGGACAGCGGGAGAAAGCUCCGCGGGACGAGGUGUCUCUGAACGCCAUCCACCGGGAGACGAUCCGCAAGGAGAACCGCAGCCAGAGACUGGUCACCGAGUUCAGCAUCAACCCGCACCACAAGAUGCACGCAGUAACGGGGAAGCCAAUGGCGUGGCACGACAACCAGAACGAGACGGCGGACGAAAACUUCCUGAAUAUAAUCCAUCACGCUGCGCUGGAGCCGACCAAAAAAUACACCGAGCCGCAAACCACGAGUCAAGAGAUCGGUUGGAUGACACAGCCCCUGAUCAGAGUUGACCGGACAGACCGACGGCUGCAUCAUCAUCGCCAGAACACGGAAAUCACUGCGUACAUGGAGACGGCGUGGAAGCUGAAAGAGCAGAGCGUCAACCUCCAGUGAGGAUGGGAGGGCGUCCUGCAAGAUUAGACAUGGCACAGAGCCAAAUAUACAGGAUAAAGAUCCCCCAGAGGCUGGAAGGACAGGCUGAGACUUGUAGUCCCCCAGCAUCACUGGUCGCUCUGUGCGUCACCUCCAUUUUGUAGACAGCGGAUAAGUGUGAAUAAUAAAAGAUACUCAUGAAAUCCAAACAGCACUCGUCAUACGGAGCACACCCAAUCACAUGGGGGUCUCUGCUCGGGACCCUCUUAUUAAUC